UCAAUAGACUGUUCUUUCAGUACGUUCCGUCGGCGCAGGGUCGAAUCCGAAGGGCUUCGCUGAGCCCGGCCGCGAAAGCCAUGGAUCUGCCUCUCUCGGAAGCGGCAAUGGAGGAUCCUCUCGCUGGGGCGGCGCCCUUUGCCACCAAGCUUGCUCCUCCUGCCCCACAUCAGUCCAAUGUGCAUGGGAACGCGGAGGAGGAUGGAAAGCAGGGGCGGGCGGAAGGGCGGAGGGUGGGUAAGCUUGUCGGGGUCAGCUCAGGCUCCGCGAAUGUUUCCGAGACAAGCCCUGUCACCGAUCUUGAAAGGAAGCUUCGGCGAGCCGAGAGAUUUGGGGUGCAGGUGGUGCUUUCCGAAGAGGAGAAGCGAAAUUCUCGAGCAGAGAGGUUUGGAAUCGAUUCAAACAUGACUGGAAGCAAGAUUGUGAGACAAGCAGAAGAGCAAAAAAGAAAAGCCCGGGCAGAGAGGUUCGGGCUCAAGGUUGAUAAUCCAGUUGAUGAAGCGGCAAAGAAGAAGGCUAGAUUGGAACGAUUUGCACCAAACUCGAAGCUUACUACUUCAGAGGAGGAAAAAAUGAAAGCAAGAGCAAUCAGGUUCUCACAAGAUUCAUCUAAGGUCAAUGGCCAGCUCAAUUCUGAUCCGAAGGUGAAAACUGCGCCCCCCACCUGAUUGAGUUUUGCAGCAUAUCGGCAUUUCCAUUACAAGGUCUCCUUUCUCGAAUUGUGCCACCCGAGUGCGGCAUAUGAAGUCUAAGAUUUCUCUCCUUGUUUUAAAACAUGAUUUUGAUGGCACUUCCCGCUGUUUACUUAUCUCCCUCCAACAAUGGGAUUGGAUUUGGGGGUUAACAGUUUUUGAAAUCUAGAUAUUAUAAUUUGCAGAACUUGUAUUGCUUAUCUCAUUUCCCUUUUUAGCAUAUAAUUUAUAAUCUCACUUUGGAAGAAA